ACACACACACACACACACACACCGCGGGGGAUCCCAGCGGAAUUUUAUAGCAAUAGGAAAGUAAAAGUAAAAAAGGUAGAAAGAAAAAGAGAGAGAGAAAGAGAGAGAGACAGACAGAGGGGGAGAGAGACAGAGGAAGAGGGAGACAUAGAGAGAGAGAGAGAGAGAGAGAGAGAGAGAGGCGCUUCCACGCGUUCUGUAGAUCUCGACGCGUCUCUGAAGGACUCUGGACUGAGGACAGUGUGAUGGGACGCAGGACGGUGAGAAGUUCAGGACGCCAUGGGGGCCUUUACAGUGAUCAUCUUCAUCAGCUGACACCUUCAUCGUGUUCAUCAUCUUCACCAUGAGGGAACAUGAUCCAGCACAAUGUGGUCUUUGAAGGAAACACGGAUCUCGUCCACAUCUGGAUUGCUUACAGCUGCUUUUAUAGUGUUUUGAUUUUACACACACACACACACACACACACACACACACAAAUUACAUUAGUUAGAUGGACACCGCGAGUCAGUCUUGUUGGCAUCUACGUCCUGCUUUCAGUAAACUUCUCCCUGCAGCCAAUCAGACGUCACUUCGUUAACUCUCUCGUUAAUCAUAAACAAGAUGGCCGACCAGAGCAACAUCCAGUGCGCUGCUUCUAAAAGCAUCCGUCCGUUUAAAUCCAGCGAGGAGUAUCUAUACGCCAUGAAGGAGGAUCUGGCCGAAUGGCUGAAGGGCCUGUACGACCUGGACAUCAUCGUCGACACCUUCAUGGAGAGCCUGGAGACAGGCUGCACCCUCUGUCGCCACGGCAACAACGUGAACCGCGCCGCACUUGACUUCCUGUCACAGCACCCGGACUCGCCGCUCCCGGUUCCCAGGCGUGACGUGGCGUUCCAGGCGCGUAACGUGGUCCCCGGGUCGUUCGUCGCGCGCGACAACGUGUCGAACUUCAUCGCCUGGUGCAGGCACGAGCUGCGCAUCAAGGACGUGCUGAUGUUCGAGACCAACGACCUGGUGGAGCGCUGCAACGAGAAGAACUUUGUUCUCUGUCUGCUGGAGGUGGCGCGGCGAGGGGCCAAGUUCGGCAUGCCGGCUCCAAUGCUGGUGCAGCUGGAGGAGGAGAUCGAGGAGGAGAUCCGAGACCAGGAGAACCUGCAGGAGAAUGCAGACAAGACGAGCAGCAGGACGUUUCACCAGGAAAAGAGCAACAGCGACUUGGAGGCGGAGCUCAUCUACAACUGGAAACAGCAGAAAAGAGUCCUGUGUGACAUGCGCAACCUGGACGAGCUGGUACGGGAGAUCCUCGGACAAUGCUCGUGCCCCGCCCAGUUUCCUAUGACCAAGAUCUCAGAGGGAAAGUAUAAAGUAGGCGACUCCAGUGCUCUGAUCUUCAUCAGGGUGUUAAGGGCUCACGUGAUGGUGCGUGUCGGCGGAGGUUGGGACACGCUCGAGCAUUACCUCGACAAACAUGACCCCUGCCGUUGCCACGCCUACACUCAUCGCUAUCAGCAGGGUAAAUCCAGCAGUCAGGCUCCUCACAGUAAGAACUCAAGUGCUCACUCGUCUCGCUCAGCAAGCCCUGGGCCGCAUUACAAACCCCCCGAGCGGCGCUCCCUGGAGCCUUCAGCACCCUCCUCUUCCUCAUCGUCCUCCCCCAGACUCACCAGGGCAAACCUCGGGGACGCCGAGUCCAACAGGGGCAGGACGAACGGCACGCUGCUGCCCAAACCGCCCCGAGACCGAUCAGAGCCCCCGCAGUUCAACCCCAUCAGGAAUAAGGAAAGUCUGUCGCAUUUGGCACGUCGUCUUUCUGGGGACAGCGACUCCUCUAAUGCUUCCUCUAAAGGUGGUGGGGGACCUGGAGUGGGUGGAGGAGGAGGACGUUUGUCUUCAGGAUCUCGUCGCAAUACCGGAGAGGAGGUGGUCUUCCUGGUCAACCGAAAAGAAGGCAAGCACGAGAUUAAGUGGACAGGGGGCGGAGCCGGACAGACACCCGCUCUUCGCCCUCCUCAGCCAAGAACUCGCAGCACCUCCAGAGAACGCACUGCUCUUUCUUCUCCAGGCAAAAUGAAGCCCACCCCGCCACAAGGCUGCACCACACGCUUUGAAAGGGGCCGGUCGUUGGGGCCAGAGGGGACCCGAAAACUACAGACUUCCCGUUCCCUCAGUCAGGGCAAAACUCCACAACGCGGACGAGCGAGCGAUAUCACACCCCCUUCCCCUCGCCACAAAGACACCCAGGAUGACCCAAGAUCUAAGCAAGCAUCUCCAGGUUCACCUAGACUAAACGGAGGGUUCUCUAAAAGACAGAUGCCCUCGUCAGCCUCUAGCUCGCCUAUUAAAGGGGUUGCAGGAAGUCCUCUGAAGAAGAGCACAGUGACCCCACGACCUCCUGCCCCACGCUCACCCUCUGUGGGGAAUCGGAGGUUGCUGCCCCCAAUCUCGCAGCAAGGUCGGCGCUCUCCACACUCGACCCCCAGGUCCACACAGAGAUCCCCCCAUCACCACCCACCACGGUCACCCCGGGCAUCAGGGAGACCUCCUCAGAAAGGAUGGGGUCACCACAAUCAACCAGACCCCCAGGAUGGCAUGGGGAUUGGAUUCAGCAUACAUUCCUUACCUGCUCUGGAUCCAAAACGUGAGCGUGAGCUGUAUCACAGCUUCGAAGCGGAGUUUUUGGCCAACACAGGCCAGACCAGAGUGCCUGAAACAAAGGAAGCAUCAAUGCAGCUUCCUGGAUCUCAGCAGGGUUUGAGGCCAUCAGGUGACACUAAUGUAGCAGAUUCAGCAUACUCAUCUUUUAACUCCUCAUCCUCCUCUAUAAAUGUAGGGGGGAAAGUGGGAAUCCUGCCUGAUUUGCGUGAGACAAGGCGUACAAACGGGGCCAGAAGCUGUGCUCUGGAGGAUCCUCCAGCUUUACUGCACAGCCAGACCCGAUCCGGUCUUCCCAACGGAGGCUUCCGCAAACUUCCUGCCAUCUGCAGUUCCAUAGAGGAUGGAGAUCCAGGACUCCACUCUAACCACCUCCACACUGCUCUUCAAAUAAAUGGGUGUCAAAGGGUGUUCUCGAACUCAGUGGUACCCAUGGAUGCCCAGGCGGAUUGGGCUGGUUUGGAAGGUGAUGUUCCUUUAGAGGAUCAAGGCCCUGAUCUACCUUAUGACCAAGGAUUAUCUAAUGGCAACCCACUUCCAGACUCAUUUCCCUCACCUCCAGAGGACUGCGCCUACAAUGAUUCAUCCAGCGAGAGCUCUUCCAUGUGUCUCAGUCUGAGUGAGCCCAUUUCCGAAGGUUCCUGCAGCCCACCGUCCUCCCGGGCUAAUGGAGACAUAGAUAACGCCGUGGUUCUCCGGCCCAAAAGAGGGCAGAAGAAGGCAGAAAGGGUACCUUCAAUAUACAAGCUGAAAUUGCGUCCACGGAUACGGCCUCGGACAGACAACAGGCCCGAGAACAGCCCGUCACGCAUCCCAACACCGCUCAGCUACAGAGAGCUACAGCAACAAAAUGCAUCCGGAACACUGACGCCCACGCAAUCCCCACGUGCCCGCAAGAACCUGCACCAAACCUUCGACAACAUCAUCCACCAACAACGAAGAUCUGCCAGCGUGGGAUCUAGAGAGCGCUCGUUCUCACCCGAUACAGACCCGGACGCCUGGAUGUAAUCUUGAUCGCAUGCUAUCGAUGUCGAGGUUGAAUCAUCUCCCUGUUCUUCCAAAACUUUCCACAACCCCGUGCACCUACAGAAGGCUGAAGAGUGACAGCAGAAAUGAUGCUCAAGCACUAAAACAAGGAAGGCGUCUAUUCGCAUGAGCUUUUCUCGAAGCAUGUCACCAGCCUGAGCCUGGACCCUUUUUUUUGGACUCCAAAAAAAACUCCACAACAAUUACCAAAGGAUGUAUUCAGCUUCACACAUUAGGCAACUUUUUACUGUAGGAAUAUUUAAAGCUCGUCUGGUUUUUCCGCUUCAUUGUGAAUCUUUCUCGCUAAUACAUGCAAUAAAGUUCAGGAAAACAAAAAGGAGGAAAUGAGAGUGGUGACGUUAGCAUCGGGUUUCCUCGAGGACGUGACGUGAUGUGAGUGACUUGUGUGUUAAAUGGAAUACAGUGAUGAGUUCCCAUGACGUCUUCGAUCGGAUUGCAUCCACACUCUGACACUCGUGCAGGAGGAACUCCGCUUUGCUUCAUCACCGUCAACAGACUUCACGCAUUUUAUGUUUGGGCUUCAUGGAUUGGGUUCUUUAUUUUAUUAUUUUUUAAUAUUGACUAAGGGAGGCGGAGCUUGGAGCUGUAAAUCAGGAGAGUUUGGACCACCAUGCAAUGGUGAAACACUAACAGAGACUCUCAGAGAGUGAAAUGGUGCGGAACGUAGGAAGGCUGGAACCGAGACUACUUCUGUAUUUCCUGUCUUUUCUGUAUAUCGUAUUUUCUGGACUGGUGGCUGAAAUGUUCUAGAACCAUGUUCAUGUUCUAGUUCAUGUUUUUAUUUCUAUCAUACACUCGUGGAAAAAUAAUUUUCUUUUCUUUGUGGAAAGCAUUUAAAGGUUUUAUAUAGAACAGAAGGUUCUUGAAAAAUCUCUUUCGGAGGUUUGGAGUUGAAGCUUCUUGGAAAAUGUUUUAUGUAAAACUCUAAAGCUUCCAUAAAGAACUCGAGGCAAGAUCAUUUGGGUUCCAGCGGACUCCAGCUCAGGGUUCUGUAAAUAGACCUGAGAAGUAAUUUACGGUGUGAAGAACGUUUUAUGAAAGGAAACUCUUUUGUAAAGUGCCUUUGAGAACAAUCGAGGGUCUCUGAUUUGAAGUAAAGUUGCCUAAGGGUUCUAGAUUCCUUCUAGAAGUUUAUGGCUUACAGACAAUUAGUUAGGAGGGUUACCUUAUCUAAUAGAAACAGUUUGAUCUAGAACCAUAAACGAUCAAAUGAACACUUUCCCCUACGAGGUCAUAGUUGAUGCAUUGCUGAGCAAAAGGUGCACCAAAAAAAGGUUCCUCACGGGAAGCAGAGCAAGAUGAAGAACCUUGAAGGUUCUAGAACUGUUUUUUGAAGGCCAUUUACAAGUUGAUGAAAUAGAACGUGUUAGAUUGUAACUAUCACCUAGAACCAGAAUCUUUCUGAAGGUUCUACCGAGUACAAUGAACCAUUGCUAUGAGGAUAGGUUUGGUGUCAAGAAAGGUUCUUCAAGGAUUUCCUAAUAUAUAAAUAUCCCUCCUGAAUAUCCUGAAAAUUCAAAAUGAAAAAAGGUUCAUAUUCAACUUAAAAUUAUAGAGUAAAUAAGAGUAUAGUUAAAGUAUUGCUAAGUUUCAGCUGCACAGUUAUUACAAAAAUAAGUUUGGGGUUCCUUGAGGAGUUCCUCAAAGGGUUCCUCAGGAGGUUCCUUAUGGGGUUUCUUAGGGAGUUCCUCAAAGGGUUCCUCAUGGGGUUCCCUGGGGAGUUCCUCAGAGGGUUCGUCAUGGGGGUUCUUAUGGAUUCUUGGGGAGAUCUUCAGAGGGUUCCUCAGGGGGUUAAUUAGGAGGUUCCUCCAGUGUUUCAUUAAACUGUUAGCGGUGUUAUCUUUCUGUUAUUGGAAUGAGCACAGAACCCAUCAUGGGUUCUCCAAAGAAAUGUUACGGUUCUAGGCUGGUUUUUAUUAAACAACAGGGUUAAAGUGUAAAUAGACGAGAAAGCCGUAAAGUUUAACGGAACCAAAAACUAGUGUAGAUUUGAAUUGUUCUAAAGGAAAAAGCCCACAGUGCUGAGUGUUCUGUUUGGAAUCCUGAAAGGUUCUCCUGUUUAUUUACAGGUUCUAGAGGUUUCAGCUACGAAUGUCAGCGCAUACAGUCCAGAAAACACGCUAAAUCUUCUGCUUUUCCAGAAGCUUCUAGAUGCCAGAAUGUAACCGUACACACUGCAGCUGGACUCGCAUGCUUACAUGAAGGUUCUGAAUAUCUAGAAGAUUGUGUAUAUGAACUUAUUUAUGUUGUUCAGAGGAUCGCGGUUAAAUGUAAUAUAUGUGUAAAUGUUUAUGGUUGUGGGUUCGUGACGUGACGACACGUUUAUUAUUGUCAAAAAUAUUCACGCUGAUAAAAUGCAAUAUCGCUGUGAGAAACGUUGCCUUGACAACUCGUCCUGCCUUAAAGAACGCACAAGUGUGUGUGUGUGUGUGUGUGUGUGUGUUUACACCCAUCAUAGUCAUUAUAACACCACGUGAAUUCAAACUCCGCCCCUUUUUCCUGAACGUUUGACUUAGACAAGAUGGACGAUGGGGAGGUGGAUUUGAGUGUGUGUGUGGCGCCGCCUGGUGGCCGAGUCAGAGACAGACUUAAGUGUGUUUCAUUACUGCUGUGUGUGUGUGUGUGUGUGUGUGUGUGUGUGUGUGUGUGUGUGUGUGUGUGUGUGUGUGUUGGGUUGAAGGAUAUGUCUGGAUUUAGGAUUUUAGAGGAUCAUUGAAUGUGAUGAAGAUAAUGACUGAUGAUGAUGAUGAAGAUGAUGAGGUGAUAGUGAUGAUGGUAAUAAGGAUGAUGAUGGUGGUGGUGAUGAAGAUGAGGUUAAAAAUAAUAUGAUGGUGGU